GCGCAUUUCCACGCGUCUUCACUGUCGACUUCAAGGAAAAUGUCCAACGAAGCGUCGUCGUCAACGAAGAUGGAGGUGGAGGACGCGGAGAACAUGACCUCCCGAGACUACUAUGCCGAUUCGUACGCGCACUUUGGCAUCCACGAAGAGAUGCUGAAGGAUACAGUUCGGACGGGGUCGUACCGCAAUGCGAUUAUCAACAACGCCCAUCUAUUCAAGGGCAAGACAGUGCUGGAUGUCGGGUGUGGAACGGGCAUUUUGAGUAUGUUUGCUGCAAAGGCGGGCGCGAGUCAUGUCGUGGGGAUCGACAUGUCAAAUAUCAUCGACCAGGCCGCGAAAAUUAUAGAAGCCAACGGGUUCAAAGAUAAAAUCACCCUCGUAAAGGGUAAGCUAGAAGAAGCCACCCUCCCCAUCCAAGAAUUCGACAUUAUCAUCUCCGAAUGGAUGGGCUACUUCCUCCUCUACGAGUCUAUGCUCGACACCGUCCUCCUGGCACGAGACAAGUAUCUCAAGCCUGGAGGACUCAUUUUCCCGGACAACGCUUCGCUGUAUCUGGCCGCGAUCGAGGACCAGGAUUACAAGGAUGAGAAGAUCAACUUCUGGGAUAACGUCUACGGGUUCGAUUACUCGUGUAUAAAGGAUAUCGCCCUCCGAGAACCAUUAGUUGAUACUGUGGAGCUGAAGUCUGUGGUCACGGACCCUUGCUUGAUCAAGCACAUCGAUCUCCGCACCGUGAAGAAAGAAGACCUGACAUUUACCGCCCCUUUCUCAUUAAAGGCUACCCGCAACGAUUACGUCCACGCCUUCCUCGCUUGGUUCGACAUUGUCUUCGAGUGCACACACAAGCGCGUGCAAUUCUCCACAGGGCCCCACGCGCAAUACACCCACUGGAAGCAGACCGUGUUCUACACCCCCUCGACGAUAACAAUCUCCGAAGGACAGCAGAUCGAGGGCACCCUGUCAUGCGCACCUAAUAAGAAGAACAACCGGGAUUUGGAUAUCACCAUGAAGUGGAAGACGCCAGACGGGGCUCAGAUGGAGAUGGACUAUAAAAUGUCGUGAUUGACUUGUACUCUCUAACUUGCUACUGAUUGUUUCCUUUCCGCACUCUUUGCUCUCCUUGGACAUCGGUUGAACUUGUUAGGUACUAAACGUUUACACUACUCGUCUUAGAUUAGACAUAAAAGCGCUUCCUACUUCUCCCGUGUACGGCGUACCUUGGAUUAUAGUGCAGUGUAUUUCGCUGUACCACCAGAACGUACCAGAGCCGGCUAGAUAACCGCGACAG